GUACCCCCCUACCCACCAUUGAGGACUUGCACGCUGCCAGAACUAAGACAAGAGCGUGCAAAAUCCUCUCGGACCCCCCACGUCCCGGUCACCGGCUCUUCCGGCUCCUUCCCUCAGGAAGCCCACUCCCACUCCCCGGUAGAGGCGGCCGUCCACGGGCUCGCGAAGGCAGGCAGGCAGACAGACUCCUCCUGGUGGUGGUGUGGGGGUGUGGAAGGGGGAAGUCCGGCUCACAUUUUCCUCCUCACCACCGAGCACGGUCCUCUCCUCGGCGGUGUUAACUGAAUAGCGCCGUGUAAUCUGACACUUCAACUUGCCGUGCUCCACGGUAGUUGAUUCAGUCACUCAUUUGCGCCGUGGGCUCGGAGGAGCAGCUCCAGAGAGACGAAAAAAAGAACAACAAAAACCACCACGCGGAGGCUUUUUAUUUCAGCGUCGCGGAGGAGGAUUCGCCUCCCGGAACCCCGGAGCUGGAAAUCGGCCACUUGAGGAGGGGUCAGCGAGGGACCACGCGAGGAAUACAUGAGGGGUCGGGGCAGGGAGGGUGCAGCGGCAGCACCAACAAGAUCAACGGUCGAAGUUUCAUGGCGUCCCGGUAGAAGCGCCAACAUGAACACGCUACCAUCCAUGGACCGGCACAUCCAGCAGACCAAUGACAGGCUGCAGUGCAUCAAACAGCACUUACAGAACCCGGCCAACUUCCACUCGGCGGCCACAGAGCUGCUCGACUGGUGUGGAGAUCCCCGAGCCUUCCAGCGACCUUUUGAGCAAAGCCUAAUGGGAUGCCUGACGGUGGUGAGUCGUGUGGCGGCCCAGCAAGGCUUUGACCUGGACCUGGGAUACCGGUUGCUGGCUGUGUGUGCUGCCAACAGGGACAAAUUCACCCCCAAAUCUGCCGCCCUGCUGUCGUCGUGGUGCGAGGAGCUGGGUCGUCUGCUCCUGCUGCGUCACCAGAAGAACAGGCAGAACGAAUCGCAGGGAAAAGUGCCCAUGCAGCCCAGCAUGAACAGCAUGAAGACCGGCCUAACGCACAGCGAUGGCUCCUUUCCCUAUGACUCUGUCCCCUGGCAACAAAACACUAACCAGCCUCCUGGGUCAUUGUCUGUGGUUACAACAGUGUGGGGCGUCACCAAUACAUCACAAAGCCAGGUUCUAGGGAACCCGAUGGCCAACAGCAAUAAUCACGGGGGUAACCCCAUGGCGUCGGGAAUGUCAGCCAGCGCACCGGGGCUCAACUCUCCCCAGUUCAGUGCCCAGCAGCAGCAGUUCCCCAGCAAAGGAGGCUCCAACCAGCAGUACAUGCAGCAGGGGAUGUACAGCAGGCCUGGAUACCCCGGAGGCCCCGGAGGAUACAGCAGCAGUUACUCUGGAGGCCCUAAUCCGCCUCCUGGAGGUAUAGGCAUGGCGUCCCACACGCGUCCAACCGGCGACUUUACGCAGCCAGCCGCCGCCGCCGCUGCUGCAGCGGUCGCGGCGGCCGCUGCUACAGCAACCGCCACGGCAACCGCCACCGUGGCGGCACUACAAGAAACGCAGAAUAAAGAGAUGAACCAGUAUGGACAGAUGUGUUCUUCCUUCCAAAUGGCUCCUGCUCAGGCCUACAAUAGUCAGUUCAUGAACCAGCCAGGCCCACGAGGGCCCCCUGGUGGGAUGAAUCCCUCCACAAUGGGUUCAGGGAUGAACAACCCUAACAUGACCGGACCUCCCAUAGGCAUGACUCAAGCCCGGACCCCUGCAAUGGGACCUUUCGGAGGUCAUGGCCAGCGGAUGCCCCAGCAAGGCUACCCGGGAGGACCUCGGCAAGGCAUCCCCAUGCAGGGAAUGAAGCGGCCGUACCCUGGCGAGAUGACUGGGCAUCCUGCCACCCCCGCAUCUGUAGCCGGGUACGGGGGUCAGUAUGGCCCUAACAGUCAGUUCCCGCCACAGCAGGGACAGUACCCGACUCCCCACGCUUCUAGACCCUUACCUUCACCCAACUACCCGGGGCAGAGGAUGCCUGGGCAGCAGGGGCAAGGACAGUACCCACCUGGCAUGCCCAUGGGCCAGUACUACAAGCAAGAGCCAUUUAACGGGCAAAACACAAACUUCUCGGGUGGCGGAUACUCAUACGGGCAAGGAAAUGGGCCUCCCAGGCCUAGCAACUACCCCCACUCGCCAGUACCUGGAAACCCCACACCGCCCAUGACGCCCGGAAGUAGUAUUCCUCCGUACCUGUCGCCAAACCAGGACGUGAAGCCCCCGUUUCCACCUGACAUGAAACCAAAUAUGACAGCACUUCCGCCCCCUCCAUCUAUUACCAACGAGGAGCUGCGGCUGACGUUCCCGGUCAGAGACGGCGUGGUGCUCGAGCCGUUCCGCCUAGAGCACAACCUGGCCGUAAGCAACCACGUCUUCCACCUCCGGCCCUCUGUCCACCAGACCCUCAUGUGGAGGUCAGACCUGGAGCUGCAGUUCAAGUGCUACCACCACGAGGACAGGCAGAUGAACACCAACUGGCCGGCGUCGGUCCAGGUCAGCGUCAAUGCCACGCCCCUCACCAUCGAGCGUGGUGACAACAAGACCUCCCACAAGCCCUUGCACCUGAAACACGUGUGCCAGCCGGGCAGGAACACCAUCCAGAUCACCGUCACCGCCUGUUGUUGCUCGCAUCUGUUUGUGCUGCAGCUGGUCCACAGGCCAUCUGUGCGCUCCGUCCUCCAGGGGCUUCUAAAGAAGAGGCUCCUUCCCGCGGAACACUGCAUCACCAAAAUCAAAAGGAACUUCAGCAGCGUGGCCGCCUCGGCGGGCAGCACCACUCUCAACGGGGAGGACGGCGUGGAGCAGACGGCCAUCAAAGUGUCGCUCAAGUGUCCUAUCACCUUCCGCCGCAUCCAGCUGCCCGCGCGAGGGCACGACUGCAAACAUGUGCAGUGCUUCGACCUGGAGUCUUACCUGCAGCUAAACUGUGAGAGAGGCACGUGGCGGUGUCCUGUAUGCAAUAAAACAGCCUUACUAGAAGGUCUGGAAGUGGAUCAGUACAUGUGGGGGAUCCUCAAUGCCAUCCAAAAUUCAGAGUUCGAGGAAGUCACUAUCGACCCGACGUGUAGCUGGCGCCCGGUGGCCAUCAAGUCUGAGCUGCAUAUCAAAGAGGACCCCGACGGACCGCUGGCUAAGCGCUUCAAGACCAUGAGCCCCAGUCAGAUGACCAUGCCCAACGUGAUGGAGAUGAUCGCCCAGCUGGGGCCUGGAAGCGGGCCAGGGGCAGGCCACGGUCCCGGACCCGGUCCCGGCCCCGGCCCUUAUCCCCCGCACCACCCCGGCCAACAUGCCAGUGGAAAUGGAGGCGAUUACCCGGGAGCAGGCAACCCUUACCACAGCCAAGGCAACUUUGACUUCCCUCACGGAAACCCAUCUGGCGGAGGAGGAGGAGGAGGGGGUCCACCUAUGAGUGACUUCAUCCAUGGCCCGCAGCUUUCCCACCCGCCAGAUGGGCCUGGCGGUCUUCUGUCCCAGGACAAGCCCCUCAACCACGCCAUGAACGACUCCAUGUCCCAUCCCGAUCCGUCCCAUAACUCCAUGCAGCCCGGCUUGCAUGCUUCUCCCCACUCCGGCGGCCAAUCGGGGCCUUCCUUGCAUCACGGCGGUGGCGGCGGCGGCCAAUCGGGGCCGCCCUUGCAUCACGCCGGCGGUGGCCCGUCGUCGUCGCAGCCGCCUCGCCCGCCGCCGCCGCCGCAGCCUCAGCCGCCCGGCCAGAACGCUCACCCUCACGCCGAUCUGACGUUUAACCCCUCGUCAGAUGGCGCGGACAUGCCCGAACCUUCGCUGGAUCUGCUUCCCGAGCUGGCCAACCCAGACGAGCUCCUCUCGUACCUGGAUCCUCCUGACCUUCCGGCCAACAGCAACGACGACCUUCUCUCCCUCUUUGAGAACAACUAACCUCCCACCGAGCUCUUGUCCCCACUUCCUCUUUUCAACCUCACCUCACAGGGGGCACGUGUUUGACUGUCCGGUCCACAGACACGUCGCGCACCUCCCACUUUGACACUUGAGACUGUAUCCCAUGCGCACACGUGCACACUGUCUUUCUAGAAAUUGUGCUGCAUGGGACGGAAAAAAAAGGGAAGGGAACGCCGCUCAUCCCUGCACAUGUUUUUUGUGUAAAGAUUCCACCAACAGCAUCCACGGCCACGUUGGCGGGCACAAAAAAAAAAAGGCGAUAUCAUGCAUAUGUAUAUAGUUGAUAUACAUGUCUAUGAUACCUUAUCAAGUGUGCAGCUAUUAUUAUCGUCACCUGUAAAUGACAAAAGCCAGGAGACAAGGAAAAGCUUUUUGUUUGUUUGUUUUUAUAUCUGAGCAUGAUUUGGCUUUUGUGAGAAAAACAAAUCUUGUAUGUGUGUGUGUUUUUGUCCCCUUUUUCAAACGUGUUCUUCCAAGACGGUAGCACAUGCCGCGACCUUUGAACCCCCAGCCCAAUGCACCCCCCCCCCCCACCCCACCCCCACCCCACCCUCCCCCCCAGAGUGCACGCGGUAAAUGGAGCGCACGACCUCGUUGUAAGGACGAGUAGUUGUGCAGUGUGUGUGCGUGUGUGUGUGUGCAUGCGUGGUCAUCCUGCCUCCAGCAUAUGUACAAGCGAGGAGGAAAUCCACCGCAGUGUUCUUCUUCCACUCCGCAGAUGUUCUAUUUAUUACGAUGUCUCACUCUUCCAAAUCUUUCUUUUUUUUUGUUGCAAUUGUGCCAAUGCAUCCUGUUGAUUGUUAAUCCAAUCUAUAUUUAUUGCUUUAGUACACAUCUGUUGUUGUUGUUUUCUUUUUUUUUUACAUCGUUGUCAUUUUAUGUGCUUUUUUCCUCCCUCCGUCCCCUGUCACCAAAGCAGAUAUUUCCUAUAUUUUUAACUGUAUUCGAACGCAGCAUUUGUCCCCUUUUUGUGUGUGUGUGUGCGCACAACUGUUGUAUAUACCCUUUGUGAAUAUUUAGUGACUGUGCAGUGCUGUGCCCAUCUAUUACUGUCAACUAGACAUGGUACUGUGUGUCACAGACACACACACAAACACACACAAUCCUACACAUUAUCCACAUUCUGUGCUCACAAACCCACUUCCUGUUCCAAAUGCACUCUGGCCUUGUAUUGUGUGUGUCGGUGUACAUUUUCCCCACUCGUCAUCCUUUUAUUUUUGUUAUUUUAGUUUUUAAAUGUAAUGUGUUGAUAUUGUGUCAAAAAUUGUGUAAAAUCAGCUUAGAGGUCCAAAUUUCUCCCGCCCCCCAAAAAAUAUCAUUGGCUACUUUUAAACGCAUACGCAAAUGCAUACAUUUUGUGUAUUUUCACCACAAUUUGAUUAAGAUAAUUAUUUUGGAUACUCUUGACAAGUUUGAUGCAGUCACUCAAGUAUAAAAUGUACUUUGUUUUUACCCUAUUUGAGUUUUUGUUUUGUUUUUGUAGUCCCUUUAUACGCAACCAAAUAUGAUUUACUUGUCAAGUAUUGUUUUUCGUUUCAAUGUAAAACGAUGCACUGCCACAUUGGGAUGUUCGCUACACAGUCAUGUUUGAAUCCAAAUUGUACUGUCCACUUCCAGCCAAUGAGAAUCCAUGUACAGUAAAAAGAAAAAAAAGAGAGACGAGGGCGGAUUGCUAGGGCGUGACUGUGAGGGGAUGCACAUGCGUGUGUGCGCGUGUGUGUACAUAAUGUAAAUGACAAAUAGAGACCCGUUAACAGAAAUGUAUUCAUUUUUCUCCAGAGGGAGUGUGCAUAGUGUAUUUAGAAUUUGUAAAGCUUGCAUCCUCCUGUCAGACAUCCCAAUUGGAAACAUGUUUGACAAUCGCAGACCUCGCUAACCUCGCCUGUUCAUUUAUAUGUAAAAUACUUUAUGUAAACCCUCGCUUGCGUUGGGGGGGGGGGGGUCCCCAAGACACAAAAUACAUUUUUUUCCCCUUUGUGUUAUUAUUCUGUGUAUUUCUCUAUGGCCUGUGUACUUUAUAAAGGUGCUACAAAAUGAUUCACACCCUUCAUUAGGACUUGGAGAGGAAUCUUUAGAGUUUGUAAAAAAAGAAAAUCAUAAUAAAAUGUCCAAUUUA